AUGAGAAUUCAAACCCGUUCAGCCGCCAAGAGGCUCAAAGUAAACACCGAGGAACACAUCGUGGUUGCGAACCCCCUCCAGAAUCCGAUCCUUGUUCCAGAUCAUGUAUCUGAGACUAUUGUAGCUUCGGUUGAGGCUGAAUCCUGGACGAGAGGGAAACGGAAGCGGGGACAUGCCACGCCGGCGCAUCCUCUCAAAGGUGGUCGGGAUGUCUUGCCUCCUAGCAUGGGCGUUCUGCCAACCCCUGGUACAAUUCCAGAGACACCAGAUUCGCUGAGCAGUUCUUCCAAUGCGCCGGUGCAUUUAACGCGAAGUGUGGCCAAACGCCAGAGUCAAACUUCGCUCGAAACUACAAAGAUUCGGACCGAGGAUGUGAAGGCGCAGAAGACGCCGAUCAGUAUAGGGCCCCUACAAGUGACUAGACCUGAUGAUAUCUCGGUACAUCAUACCCGAGGUGUGACCGAACGCCGGACCAAGGUUCAGUCCGCCAUCAUCAAGGAUCGGACGAAAGAUGCAGCUGCGACAGAAGCUGUAGAGAACAUCAUGGGCACUUCUCUGGAUAACACUAUUGAGGUGAACACCCCCAACGACGACGACGACGACGACGACGACGACGACGACGACGACAAAGACGAGGAACACACUGAACGGGAUCGACGGGGUACCAGGUCGUCUUCCAAGAGGCCAAAUACAGAAACCGACAAAAACCUCGAUAGCGGCAAUGGACAUAUUAUUGUCAAGACCAGCAAGAAGGCAGCCAAGGUCACCGCCACAAGAAUAGCCACCGUGGACCGUGACAGCCCUGACUACAGAAUGCCAGUGAGAAGGGGCCCAAAUAAUCCCAUGGGGUUCACGCCAGGGUUCUCACCCUACCCCAAUCGUCAGGCUCCUACCUCUGAAGCAUGCGAGGAUGUGUACCGCGUCUUGGCAACCAUGCAUGGCAAGGUAGAGCAACCCAAGGAAAUACCCAAGGCAUCUUUGGAGAAGGCCGGAUGUGGCGAGGUACCUUGCGUAUUGGACGCCCUCCUCCGGACGCUGAUUAGCGGCAACACACUGAUGGCCAUGGCGGACCGAGCGAUCAGGAACGUAGCUCAAGAGUACGGUUUACGAGAACACGGCUCAGGCAUCGGAAGCAUCAACUGGGAAAAGGUUGCCAGCGAGCCAGAGGAAAAGCUGGCCCAGGCUAUCAAGGUUUCGGGGAACGGAAACCAGAAGGCCAAGCAUAUCAAGCUAAUCCUCGACAUGGUUGCGUUGGAGAUGGCGCAGAUGGCAAUGGAGAACAAGGGAACGGGCGGUAAGCGAGAAGUCGCCUUCUCAGAGACGUUGAACCUAGACCACAUGCACACCGUCACCAAAGACGAGGCCAUGGCCAAGCUUGUCCAGUAUCCCGGUAUUGGCAUCAAAAGUGCUGCCUGCGUUACACUCUUUUGUCUUCGCAUGCCCUGCUUUGCAGUUGACACGCAUGUCCACCGGUUCUGUCGCUGGCUCGGUUGGGUGCCGGAGAAAGCGAAUGCUGAGGACUGCUUCAGACACUGCGACGUGAAAGUGCCGGAUCACCUCAAGUAUGGCUUGCACCAGCUGUUUAUCCGCCAUGGACAACAAUGCUUCAAGUGCCGGAAGGCGACAAGGCCUGGUACGAAGGAGUGGAGGGAGGCACCCGAAUGCCCGUUGGAACACCUGCUGGACCGGGGGAAGGGAGGAGACCAUGGAGAUGGAUAGACAGGGAACGCCGGAAAGAGUCGAUUUGGAAGUAGUUGGUUUCUUUCCAAAAGCAAUAAUUUCC